AGAAAGGGAAUAUAGAAGUCCUCUGAAGAAUUAAAGGAGGAAAGAAGAAAAGAAAAAGAAUGUCUUGUCCAGGCUGCAGUAUACCCAAGUGCUCCAAGACGGGUUAGGCCAAGAUUCCAAAGAAUGGAUACUUGUUCUUCCCUCAUUUUGCUGACUCAAACCACAGAUAUCGAAGAAGGGGGGAAGUGGAAUAAAAUACUCAAUUAUCAAGUGCCAGAGGAAAGUACUACACUAUCCAAUGAAAAUUACUAUUACUGAGGCAUAGAUUGUUUCCACAGUAUAUACAUGUACAUGCAGAAAGCUCAUUGUAUUCAGUAUUUGCAAGUUGUUUUUUCACUGUGAAAAACUUAAUGCAAACUAAAAACAACUCUUUUGAGAAAUGGAAAACAAGAUCCCUUGCUGAAUCCCCCUCUGUAUGUUUGAGAUGAAUCACCCAGUUUACUGAUCUCUGACAAUAGGAAUGGUCUCUUAUGGUGUUGACUUUGUUCACCACCAUUGGUCAUGGAAGUUAUACUAACAGUAGACUUUCUUAUGUUUCUGAAGUCUUGCACAAGUGUAAGACAGAAGUUGAAAGUUACUCUUUUUUGCCAAGUCAGAAUUUGGGGAAGCUAUUAAGAAAAUUAUGGUUUCAUUCCCCUUUUUAAGAUUCUAACUGUGUAGGGGAUGGUCCUGGAAAGGUAUGAACAAAAAGAUCAUCUUUCUGUAUGGGGAAUGGCAAUUUUAUAAGAAUGUCCAGAAGAGGUUUAAUGUUUCAAGCUAGGACCCGUUGGCUUUUAGUGGGCCUUGCCUUGCUGUUCAGUUUGAUGUUGUUCAUGUACUUGCUUGAGUGUGCCCCUCAAACAGAUGGCAAUGGAUCCCUGCCUGGAAUUGUAGGGGAGAGCUUGGGUAAGGAAUACUACCAAGCGCUGCUUCAGGAGCAAGAGGAACAUUAUCAAACACGAGCUGCCAGUUUGAAGCGUCAGAUUGCCCAACUAAAGCAAGAGCUUCAGGAAAUGAGUGAUAAGUUAAAGUCACUACAGGAGAAAAAGAGCCCAAGAGUCAAUAGCAUGGGUUACCAAGGCACCAAAGAACAAGCAUCCAAUGAUCUCUUACAAUUUCUUCAUUCCCAAAUUGAUAAGGCUGAGGUGAGCACAGGGGCCAAACUACCAAGUGAAUAUGGUGUCAUUCCCUUUGAAAGCUUUACCUCCAUGAAAGUGUUUCAGUUAGAGAUGGGGCUUACACGUCAUCCAGAGGAGAAGCCUGUGAGAAAGGAUAAGCGUGAUGAGUUGGUGGAAGUCAUUGAGGCUGGCCUAGAGGUAAUCAAUAAUCCGGAUGAAGAUGAUGAUGAUGAUGAUGAUGGACUAGGAGAAAGGCAACUCUAUAAUGAAAAUGAUUUCAUAGAAGGUUAUUAUCGCACAGAAAGAGAUAAGGGAACGCAGUAUGAAUUGUUCUAUAAGAAGACAGAUGGUAUGGAGUAUAGACAUGUCACGCUGUUUCGACCGUUUGGACCCCUCAUGAAAGUGAAGAGCGAGACAGUUGACAUUUCCAGAUCAGUCAUUAACAUUAUUGUCCCUCUGGCUGGAAGGACUGAGACAUUUGCACAGUUUAUGCAAAACUUUAGGGAUGUCUGCAUUCAUCAGGACAGGAGGAUUCACCUCACAGUGGUCUACUUUGGACAAGAUGGACUAUCUGAAGUGAAAAGCAUCUUAGAUUCAGUAGCUAGGGAAACUGACUUUCACAAUUACACGCUGGUCUCUUUGAAUGAGGAAUUUAAUCGUGGACGGGGACUUGACAUGGGGGCCAGAGCAUGGGAGAAGGGAGAAGUGUUGAUGUUCUUCUGCGAUGUAGAUAUUUACUUCACAGCUGAGUUCCUUAACAGUUGCCGUUUGAAUGCUGAGCCAGGCAAGAAAGUUUUUUACCCUGUGGUGUUUAGCCUUUAUAAUCCAGCUAUUGUCUACGCCAAUCAAGAUAUGCCACCCCCAGUGGAGCAGCAAUUGGUGCACAAGAAGGAUUCUGGCUUCUGGCGGGAUUUCGGUUUUGGGAUGACUUGUCAAUAUCGGACAGACUUUCUGACUGUUGGUGGAUUUGACUUGGAAGUAAAAGGCUGGGGUGGAGAGGAUGUUCACCUUUACAGAAAGUACUUGCAUGGUGACCUCAUUGUAAUCCGGACACCAGUCCCAGGCCUAUUUCAUCUCUGGCAUGAGAAACAUUGUGCAGAUGAGCUGACUCCAGAGCAAUACCGUAUGUGUAUCCAAUCUAAAGCCAUGAAUGAAGCAUCUCAUUCGCACCUUGGAAUGCUGGUCUUCAGGGAGGAGAUAGAAACCCAUCUCCGAAAACAGGCCUAUAGGACUAACAGCGAAGCAGUAGGUUGAAAAGGAUCCUUAAUGCUGUAUGAAACGGAAGACUUUAAAUUGCAAGGAACCAGCAUCAUUCUACAGCCUUAAUUCUGCUUUAAAAAUGCAGUGCCUCUUUCAGUGAAGAAGGGUUGAAGUUCUUCUUUGACUGGUAUGCUGUUAUCUACAUACUUCACCAGUUCAGGCACCUAGUAAAGAACUUUUGAGAGUCAGUAGUUCUACAGUAUUACACUUACAGGGAAAAAUACAACAGCAGAAUGUAUGACUUAGCAUUUUGGUUGUUCUGAUAUAUUUUGUGUCUCACACUUGCAUUAUUUUAAGGUAAGGAAUACUUUAGGUAGACAGUGUUUUGUUUUGUCUGCUGAGUAUUGGUACUUUUUGUAUGGCUCAUUGCACUGUAAUACUAGGAAAGUACUGUAUUUACAUUCCAAGGAGAAAUAAAACAUAAACGUGACCAUGAAACUCACUGGGGGGGAAAAUGUAUGCAAGAGCUUGACUAACAUGUUAAUCAGUUAACUGGCUGAAUUCACAGAAAUACUUUGGUAACUGAGCUCGCUGUAUUAAUGGCCAUCAAUGUAAUUAUGGAAGAAUUUAUAUUGAAAAAAGGGGGGGGGGGAAUAAGGAAACCUCUUGAAGGCAGAAUUCUAGAACAAUUAGUAUCAUUUCACAUUCCCAAUGCAAAAGUGAGUUGGGGACUUACUUUUUGUUUGUUUGUUUUUAGCUCCAGGCCAAAAUCAUCCUCAGGUGUAUUUCAAGAUGCUCUAAGAUAGGCAGUAUGAAUACAAGCUGGUCACCUUCUUUCAUGUUGCUUCAUUGUAAUAUGAUAAGAUUUACUUUUUUUAAAGAUACCUUUAAUUUUUCAGAUGCAUGUUGCAUUCCAUUAGUUCAGUGGAGGUAACACUGCUGUUCAGUCUCCACAAAUUAAGAAAUUUAGUUUAAAACUGUUCACUAACUCUGCUAAUUGAUAUAUAUUUUGAAAUUCAGUUUUAGUUUAAAAAAAUCCUAAGGGAAACGAAUUGAAAAUCUGUGAUUGCUGGAAGGCAAAUAUGCUGUGGAAAAUAAUACUGGACACUGAUCCUUUUUACAUGUACAUAAAAUUUGCCUUUAUGUAACUUAUUGUGGAGAACAGUGUACGGAAUUGUGUAUUAAGCUGGGGAGAAUGUUAUGCAAGGUGUCUUGCAAUUGGUAUUCUCUUUAUAAUAAAUUGAAUAAGUCUGAAUUUUAUAACUUUUCCAAGCUAGUGCAUUGAAAUAUAAGUUGUUAUAAAGCAAA